CAGUUACAUUCGCCCAAACACUGCAGUGGAGCAGGGGAACAUAGGAGCAUCCCUUCAAGUGACAGUGCCACUCCUCCGUGCAAGAAACAACAUACACGACAGAAUGGCGUCUGGUUCCAUGUUCAUCAUAUGCUCUUGUGCCCUGCUGAUAGCUGUGGUGUAUGCUACACUUGAGGCCAAUGGCAACCCCGACAGCGAGGCGGCUAAGGAGAUUAUUAGAGAGAAACGAGGGCUAAGAGGGAACCGUCACCAUCGCCACAGGGGACACAGAGGAGGUGAGGAUGACGAAGGCGGAGAUGGAGAUGACAACGUUCAGAAUGGUAGGGGAAGACGUCCCGGGCGCAGGGGCAGGCCUGGACGAGGUCGUCGACCUGAUGGGAGACCUGGAAGGAGAGGUCAACGUCGUAGGGUAGGAAGUGCUACAGAUUUAUCGGACAUGCCUCAAAGAGCACAGCGAUUCAUCACAGCGUUGGUUGGUGCGCAGAACAGUUUCACAGUCAACCUCCACAGGGAAAUAGGCCAACCUGUUACAGACGUUGUGUACUCUCCGUUUAGCAUCCAUCAAGCGUUGACCAUGACCUACAUGGGGGCUAAUGGUGAUACUGCAUAUGAAAUGAAGAGAACACUCUCUUUACAGGGACUAGGACGACGUACAGCUCGGGCAGCGAAGAAACUGAACAAAGUCAUCAGACACUCUGGCAAUGCUACGCUAAAGACGGCGAAUGGUAUAUAUGUGAAAGCAGGAUUGAACAUUGUAGAUGAUUUCUCAGAUAGACUGGAUGUAUUCUACCAAGCUAAUAUCUCCUUGUUUGACUGGGAACACCCAGAUGGCCCAGAAGGUCCCAUUAAUGAAUGGGUCUCUGCACAGACGAACAAUCUCAUCCCAGACCUACUGGCCCCUGACACCAUCACAGAUUUGACAGCUCUGAUUCUUGUCAACGCAAUCUACUUCAAGGCAACGUGGAAGACACCCUUUACACCACACCUCACAACUCAGCAGAUGUUCAGAAAGUCACGUACUGAGCAGGUGCCCGUUCAGAUGAUGCAAGUAGAAGGGAUGUUCAAGGUAGGUACUGUCCCUGGUCAGGCUGCGAGAAUAUUAGAGUUACCAUACGAAGAUGACCGCUUCAGUAUGCUCGUGUUGCUUCCUGAUGACGUCGACAAUCUACCCACAUUGGAGAACAGUCUGUCGACAGAUAUUCUCACCAGCAGGCUGGACACAGUCGUAGCCUCAACCAUAAAGGUAUUUCUUCCCAGAUUCAAACUGGAAACAUCAGUGUCGGUAAAAGAAUCUUUACAAAACAUGGGGAUGACCAAGCCAUUCAUGGAAGGGACAGCAGACUUCACCGGCAUCGUCAGCACUGGCCAACUUUACAUCUCUGAUGUCAUUCACAAAGCUGUUGUUGACGUCAACGAAAUAGGCAGUGAGGCGGCAGGAGCCACGGCAGUUAUUAUUAAUUUCGAUUCCGUCAGUCUCCAUCCACCACCCGAGAUUCGCUGUGAUCAUCCGUUCCUGUUCAUUAUCAGAGACAACGUCUCCAAAGCCAACCUCUUCAUCGGCAAGUUCUCCGGUGGAGCUUAGGCGUGCAAUAUUCAAUGUCUCCGGAACUGAUGUUGAACGACUCAUUAGACAGGCCUAUCAAAGAAACCAGCAGAGACUCUGGACUCAUUCAAACUCUGGAAUGUGUACACACACAUGAAAACAUAUACAUUUUCAACGGUAGCAAAACAGUAAAUAAUUCCAUUAAAAAGGUACCGGGUUUUAAUCAUGAUGUGUAUUUUAUUGAGAUUGUGUCUUGUGUGUAAUUUAAGUAGACACUUCUAUUUGAUGGGUGUACAUGUUCCACAGUUUGGUUUCUCCCUGCUGUUUUCUUUGGCAGACCUCUUCGAAUCACACUUCAACUGGGGAAGUACAGAGAGUUCAAUUCGUAGAUGUGUCGUACAUCAGACUACCUAUUGAAAGUUACAUUUUUUGUUUUACUUGAACUCUUGAGGUUACAAAUUAAAAAUAUCUGAAUAUAUACUCUUCAAAAAAAGAAACGCAAAGCCAGAUGUGUGUGAGGUAGGACAACACAUUUGUACGAGGAACC